AUGGAGAGCUACGGCGGCGGAGGUUACUUUGUUGACGAGAAAGCCGUCCGCGUCGAGAACAUCUUCCUGGAGUUCCUCAAAAGUUUUCGGGCUGACGGAAAUGCUCGGGAGCCGUUUUACGAGGCGGAGAUUGAAGCAAUGCGGCCGAACGAAUCGAAUACGAUGUUUAUCGACUUCUCUCACGUCAUGCGCUACAAUGAUGUUCUCCAAAAGGCCAUUUCUGAUGAGUUUCUAAGGUUUGAGCCAUACCUGAAGAAUGCUUGCAAGAGAUUUGUCAUGGAACAGAAGCCAACGUUCGUGGCUGAUGAUAAUCCAAACAAAGACAUCAAUGUGGCGUUCUAUAACCUUCCCUUGAUUAAAAGGUUAAGGGAAUUGACGACAUCAGAGGUAGGCAAGUUGGUUGCAGUGACUGGUGUGGUGACUCGGAGUGGUGAGGUCCGGCCUGAGCUCUUACAGGGCACUUUUAAGUGCUUAGAUUGUGGGAAUGUGGUAAAAAAUGUUGAGCAGCAGUUUAAGUACACCGAGCCGAUUAUCUGUGUAAAUGCAACCUGCCAAAACAGAACAAAAUGGGCAUUGCUUAGGCAAGAUAGCAAAUUUGCCGAUUGGCAGAGAGUUCGGAUGCAGGAAACCUCCCAAGAGAUACCAGCAGGGUCCCUUCCAAGAUCUCUCGAUGUGAUCUUACGCCAUGAUAUCGUAGAACAAGCCAGAGCUGGUGAUACGGUUGUGUUUACUGGCACCGUAGUCGUUAUACCUGACAUACUAGCACUAGCUUCCCCAGGAGAGAGAUCUGAAUGCCGAAGAGAAGCACCCCAGCGAAAGGGUGCCGCUGCUGGUCAGGAAGGUGUUAAGGGCCUUCGAGCAUUGGGUGUCAGAGACCUAUCCUAUCGCCUUGCCUUCAUAGCCAAUUCCGUACAGAUAUGUGAUGGAAGAAGAGACAAUGACAUUAGAAAUAAAAGAGAUUCUGAUGAAGAUGAUAAUCUGCAAUUUACUGAGGAAGAGCUAGAUGAGAUCCAACAAAUGAGAAAUACUCCCGACUUCUUUAAGAAGCUAGUUGACAGCAUUGCCCCAACUGUUUAUGGCCACCGAGAUAUCAAAAGAGCAAUCCUCCUUAUGCUUUUGGGUGGUGUCCACAAGUUUACUCAUGAAGGAAUCAAUCUUAGGGGAGACAUUAACGUUUGUAUCGUGGGGGAUCCCAGCUGUGCAAAAUCCCAGUUCCUCAAGUAUACUACUGGUCUAGUUCCGAGAUCUGUCUAUACUUCUGGGAAAUCCUCUUCAGCUGCUGGUUUGACUGCAACAGUAGCCAAAGAACCUGAGACUGGUGAAUUUUGUAUUGAGGCUGGUGCGUUGAUGCUUGCAGACAAUGGCAUCUGUUGCAUUGAUGAAUUUGACAAGAUGGAUAUAAGAGAUCAGGUUGCUAUCCACGAAGCAAUGGAACAACAAACAAUAAGCAUAACAAAAGCAGGAAUACAGGCAACGUUGAAUGCUCGAACAUCAAUAUUGGCUGCAGCCAAUCCCACUGGUGGACGUUAUGACAAGUCCAAACCACUGAAGUAUAACGUGGCCCUUCCUCCUGCUAUUCUUUCAAGGUUUGAUUUGGUGUAUGUUAUGAUCGAUGACCCAGAUGAUCAAACAGAUCAUCUCAUUGCUAAUCAUAUUGUGAGGGUGCAUCAAAAGCGGGAUGAUGCUCUCGCUACUGCAUUUACAACUGCACAAGUUAAGCGCUACAUUGCAUAUGCUAAGACUCUAAAACCAAAGCUGACUGCAGAAGCUAGACAACUUCUGGUCGAAUCCUACGUCUCUCUGCGUACAGGCGAUACAGCUCCAGGAAGUAGAGUGGCUUAUCGAAUGACAGUCAGACAGCUUGAGGCAUUGAUUAGGCUUUCAGAGGCAAUUGCUCGAAGUCAUCUGGACACUCAGGUGCGUCCCCAAUAUGUCCCCGCUGCUGUGGAUCUGUUGAAAAAAUCAGUGAUCAGUGUUGAAUCUAGCGAGAUUGAUUUAUCUGAUUUCCAAGAAGAAAAUCGGGAUGAUGCUGAUGGUGGUGAUCCCAUGGUUCAAGAUGAAACCAAUGCCAAUGGAGCAUCUACUGAACCAGUUCCGACAAAUGCAGGAACAGGAGACGAACCUGCAAACAAACAAGCAAAGAAACUUGUCAUGACUGAUGAGUAUUUUCAAAGAGUUACCCGGGCCCUUGUAAUGCGUCUCAGGCAGCAUGAGGAGACCGUGUUGGAACAAGGUACUGGCUUGGCUGGAAUGAGGCAAAGGGAUCUUAUACAAUGGUAUGUGGGACAACAGAAUGAAAAGAACAGUUACAGUUCCAUGGAAGAGGCAGCAGCUGAAGUAACAAAACUGAAAGCAAUUAUAGAAAGUUUGAUUAGGAGGGAAGGAUAUCUGAUAGUUGUGGACGAUGGUGUUCAAGGAGCGGAAGAGAAUGAAAACGCGGGGCAGUCAGCUCCCGUGUCAAGAAAUGAUAGAAUUUUAGCAGUGGCACCUAACUACGUAAUUGAUUGA